AUCACCAACAAAAAACUUGAAACAAAACCGCCAUAUUUUCUUUUGUUAUUUAAGUAAUUAUAGUUAAAUAAGUAAAAGUAUGGAUCGAACGAUCAUUGCACCAUGGAAGGCAGAAGAAAAAGAGCAGAGUGAGAAGUUACACAGAAAGCUGCUAGGAUUGGCUUUGGUGCAUCCUCUGCCAGAUGAGUUGCGAAAACUGCUAGCCUGGGACAUGUUCUUAAAGCCUAACCAGGUGGCUUUUGUACACAUUAUGCACUACCUAUUCCGUCUCCUUGAUCCGGCAGAGUUCAAGCGCCGAUUCUUCUGGCCCAUCACAGAUAAGAAAUCGGAGGCCAACUUCCGUUCCAGCACGGUGGAGUAUCUAAAGCAUCUGAACGAGAAGCACCAGCUGCACUGGACCAACAUUAAGUCCUACUUGGUGGUCAUGCCCGGUGGUAUGAGGUUUAUUAAUUUCCUGCUUGAGUUCGUAGGUUUUGUGAUCCAGGAGCUGAUUAAACAGCGCGAGAAGACACUCGGUCUGGAGGCUGGAACACAGAAUGUGAGUGCCAAGAUCAUGGCACGCCAAAAUGCCGUGAUGAAGGAGUAUGCCUCGGUGUAUGUUCUCAAUCUGGAAGAGAAUACAACACUGCUGCGGCAAAAAACGCAAACAAUCAGACGCCUUACUGCCGAUCUGUCUGUGGACAUGGGAGUGCCAGAGGAACAAUUGCUAGAUGAUGGUUUCCUUGAUGAAUUCGAGGCCGCCGCUGCCCUUGGCGUAGAGCGGGUGAUAACACAUACAACCGAAAGGAAAUUAGACCUGGAGGAAUCUCUGUGUGGCCUUAAGGAUGCCAUCGAACAUUUUCAGUUGAAACAGGCGGAGCAAAAUCAGAGCAAGGAGGCAGUAGAGAAGGCCUUGCGCGGCGUGCGUUUGUUAUUCGACUGUGAUCCUGUCACAGAUGAUUUUUUUGAUCCGUUGGGUAGCUCCAAGAUGGAAGCUCUAGUUAACGCCUUUAAUCGUGUAAGUGGCACAAUUUCUGAGCAACUCGGAGCCAACGACCACUACAACAAAUCAAAUGAGUUUGUCACCACCGAUUUGGAGGCGCUCCGCGUAGAACUGACGCAGUCAGAAGUUCAGCUCAACAAUUUAUUUAAGAAACUAAAUGAGACGUCCAGAAAAGAUAAAAGUAAUGCAAUUGGAAGUGCUUCCGGGGCGCCUAGGGGUCAGACACUUCAGCCGGCCACGCCUCGCUUUGAUUCAGUUAUUAGCUCCAAGUUUGUUUCCACUCCUCCGAUAAGGAUCGACUUGGCCGGUGGCUUAGGACGCAAUGCUCCAGUGCGUCUAGCACUCCAGGACGACUUCAAUGGCAAACAGUUCGAUGCGUUAAGCAACAGUUUAUUGGCUCCUGCCCCGCCUCGAUCAGCACGAAAACCAAAAAUCCUUGAUCAAUCAACGGGCAAUGACCUUAAUGGCACCUUAAACAGAUCAAAAAUCAACGAUCCCAUGCAAAUGCUACGAACUAUUCACAAAAACACGUCCAAGGCCAAGUCGGCGCCUCAACAAAAUCUUUCCUCCCUUGGAAGUAAAUGGAAGCAAAUGCAGGCUUCCUUCGGCUUUGAUGAGGCACCGGUAUCAGGAUCCGCGAUGGUCUCCCCACAGAACUCACCGACGAAUCUUGCCGAUCCCUUUACACCUCUGAGCGGAAAUGAAUGUACUCGCAUCGAACGCAUGCCGCGCACCUCGGACAACAACAGCUCAUUAAUCGCCAAGAACGCUGCAGUGAUGAAGGUAAUGGAGGUGUCUCGGAAUGUUCUUAACCUCAGUACCUCGCCAUCUGGUCGCCUGGAUGCCCUAGUACCUCCCACCGAGAGCUUCCAGCUGGAUACGCCACGUCUUCUGCUAAACGACAGAACCAUUAACGACUCACUGGUGCUCGAGCCCGAUUUAAAUACAGAAAACGACCCAAAUGCUUUGAAUCUCUCUUAUAAAUUCGAUUUUGAUCAGAUCGGAGGAGAUGAUGACAUUCAAAACAUUAGCGAUAGUGUGCUUAAAGGAGUUAUAUUGUAGUCGAAAGCAAUCAAAGAAGUGCUUCGGCUAGCGGAGUCGCCACAAUUAAGAGAGUUGAAAGGAUUAGCCCAUAGUCAGGUUCAACGCAUGCGGUUUUAAUAAACAUAAACAACUGUUGAGGCAGUUUUAGAGUUUAUUUAAUAUACUUUUAAAAGUCACAAAUCUUUAUAUAUUCAUCAGUUCCUUAUUGUGGCCGUUCCUGUCUUUCUAUCCAUUGUUAAAUCAGACUUUCUGAGAUGAAUGGUUUGAGCGAUCAAGCUGAGUAAAAAGUAAAAUAAAAUUUAAAAAAUGUGAAGUUGGAAA